AUGCCCGACACCCGAAGCGGUGCAUCGACCCGGUCGAAGAGAAGAGGACACAAGGUCGAUCGGUCGCGGAAAGGCUGCCCGGAAUGCCGCGAGCGCAAGAUCAAAUGUGAUGAGACUCGGCCCGAGUGCGCACAGUGCUUGAAAAGUGGGCGUGUUUGCAGGAUCAUCGACGGCCUGUUUCGGCAUCACUCCUUCUCUUUCCCGCCCGUUUCAUCAUCCGAAGCCGAAGGGUCCUCAAAAGGACAUCCUCUCGGGCCGUCGGGCCCUCCAGAUCCCUCGGGAUCGCCGACCCAGCCAAGUAAGUCAAGUCAUGUCUGGUUGCUUUUACCUAGCCACGAGUUGGAAUCUCUACUGACGGCACAAGACGAGCUUGCCGGUGACGUCAAUGCAGCUAUUGAUAGCCCUGAAUCUCCCAACACCUCGAUGGCCUCGUCGCCUCAGUUGAGACAGUCAAUCCCCGUGGCUGGCCUCUUAGCUCAAUCUUCGCCCUCUAAUAUCUUCCAUGGAGCUGCCGUGACACCAUCUGCGGGGUCGUUGCCCUCGGUAGAUGUGCACGUUAGUCCAAUCGUGGCUCAAAAUCAUCCAACGGUGACGAGUCACGCACCAUCUCACACAUCUAUCCCGGCAAGUCUAUCAGAGGAGAAUGAUCGCGACUGCGCCGAGGUCGGCUUCUUCCUUCGCCACUUUGCAGAAGGCAUAGGGCAAUGGAUCGAUAUCUUCUCCAGCCAACGAUCGUAUUUCAGUCAAUAUGUCGUCCAGCUUGCGAGUCAAAGUCCACUGGUUCGAUACUCUGCUUGUGCAAUCGCUGCCAAGCAAUUAGGCCAGAUGAAAGACUAUACCUGGAUGACCAGCAUCACCCCUCGAUCGAGCAUCGUGGCUUCUGCUCUACUUGAACCCGGCCUUGACUUUCUAUGGUACGGUGCAAAGUAUUAUGAAAAGGCAAUUUUGCUCAUGGCCAGGCAAAUAUCUUCACAUCCCAGCCCCAUGACUCAUCUCUCUCCUGGCGAGAUUUAUCAAUCUACGGGCAGCGACCACUACCAACUUCUUGACCAUGGCACGUCUCCUGCCUUUCGGAUUAUCUCGGCUUCUAUUCUCUGCGCAUAUGAAGAUCUAAGCGCCACCAUGAGAGCAUGGAGUGGCCACUUGGAUGGCAUCAACAAACUGCUUCGACCUCAAAUCGAUCUCCAAUUCAGCCCGGAUAACUUACACGCGACGUCCCUAUCGACAAAAGGAGUGGAGACUUCAUUCUGGUUCUUUGCUUGGAAUGAUAUGUUGAAUAGCUUGGUUCUCCAUCAACCAUGUCGACUAGAUCCAGAGGAAGUCUCACUCUGGCAAAAGAUGGGGCUUCCUCUUGACGGCACUGGCCAUUUGACUCUCACAUACAUCGAGGAGCCAUACCAAGAGACAGUCUUUUUUAAAGCUCUCAUUAGACUAUUAUGCAAACUAGUCACCCAUGAUUGCGGCGCCUCCUCCCAAUGGGCCUAUCUAGAAAUGGAGCUCACGCAAUGGUACCGCGCAUUACCGAGCGAAUUUUUGUCCCCAAUCACUCAAACUCUGCACCCAUCACAACAAGGUAUCCAGGAACCCCCAAUUGCCGAAACAUGGUUUGGGUCGGAAACCUGCGCGGUGUCGAUGGCCUUCUACCAUAUGGCAAGAAUUCUGUUGCUGGUGAACCAGCCCCAGGAAAUAUUCCUUUCCAUACAACCGAGCAAGCCGCACGACUUGCUCAGCAUUUACAAUGCAUUACAGCGGGAGCUCCACCAGCAUGCGAUGGAUAUUAUUGCCAUAGUUCAUGGGAUGCCCAACGCUGUAGUGAGAAAACAUAUGAUCCAGCCAUUGUAUUUCGCUGGACGAUGUUUAUCGAGCUCUGAUGAUAGGCGACUUGUGGUUCGACUGCUGAAGCAGAUUGAGGAGAAUCUUGGUUUGUUCACAGAAUAUCGCAUUAAAGACCUGUGCGAGGAAUGGGGUGUAUCGUUUGAUUCCUGGAAGAACUGUUGA